AUGGAGGCGUCCACUUUCGACGACCAGAUUUUCGGUGACUUCACGAGCGACACGCUCAGCUCGCUGGCCGCCGCCGCCGCCAAACCGAUCCACGUGGGCCCGUCGGCCGGUGGCCACGGUAACCUGCAGGUGAUGAUGGGCCUGGGCCACUCGCCGACCCACGACGGUGGCGUUGGUGGCCCUGCUGGUGCCGGUGGUGGUCAACAGCAACGGCUACCGGAAGUGACCAGCAUCCUGGGGGCGUCCGGGUCGCCGAGCUACAAGAGCAUCGACUACACGAACCUGAGCAAGGUGGAGUACCAUCAUCUGCCGAACGGCACAAAGCUGGACGGCUCGUACUCCCCGCCGGACAGCUGCGGACCGCAUCAGCAGCACCAGCAACACCAGCAACACCAGCAACACCAGCAGCAGCAAUCGGGUCCGGCCAACAAGCCGAUGGAAUACGUCAGCUGUAAGCUCGAAUACUACACCGCGCUGCCCGUCGCCGGCCACGAGCACGGCAAUAAACUCGAGUAUGUUAAAACCCUAGAUUACAACGGGAACGCCGGCCGGCUGGACUACUGCACCUCGUCCUCGUCGUCGCCCGGUGGCCCCAAGAUCGAGUAUGUGACCGGCGGCAGCAGCGGCAGCGGCGCAGGCAACGGUGGAAAGCUGGACUACGAGACGACGAUCGCCAUGUUCCAGCAGCCGGCACCGCCACCGCCGCAGCCACCCGGCUCCCAGCUCGGUGUGGCCACUUCCGGCCCGACGGGGACGGGCAUGGUGGUGGUCGACGAACGGGGCCUCAUGAACGGGGCGCCGAAGCCCCGCAAGAGCGACGACAUGAACGGGGCGUCCGGUUCGUCGACCCCGACGACCACGACCGGAGCGAUCGAUGGGCCGGGCGGAAAUGGCAAGAAGGGUGACAAGAAGAAGAACGACCCGAACGGGAUCAAGAAGAAGAAAACCAGGACGACGUUCACCUCGUUCCAGCUGGAGGAGCUGGAGCAUGCAUUCGAACGGGCGCCCUAUCCGGACGUGUUUGCGCGUGAAGAACUGGCCCUGAAGCUCAACUUGAGCGAGUCCCGAGUGCAGGUUUGGUUCCAGAACCGGCGGGCGAAGUGGCGCAAACGGGAACCGCCCCGGAAGUCGGCGUACCUCGGCAACAACAGCCCGUCGGCCCCGAUGAACGGCCCGAUCGGCACGUCGUUCGCCCAGUUCCCGCAGACCGCAACGGUGACGCCGCCGGGAAGUGUCGACAGCUGGUCCACGUACCAGGCUCCGUACGACCUUGGGCCGCACAUCAAUCUGCUGUCACCGGCCGUCAGCCCGUACGGGUACAGCGCCCAAUACGGUACUUACCCGAUGCCCGAGAGCCACAUGUUCCCCGUGCGGACCCAGCACCUCGACUACGGCAGCCCGUCCCGGCCGGGCGUCGGGGACUCCGGUGGGGCCGACGAGCCGCAGCACCAGCACCAUCCGCACCCGCAUCACGCCGCCAACCACCAUCACGUGCACCAUGUGCAUCACGGGCACAAGACUGACCACUACGCGUCGCUGGACGACAAGUUCGAUACGCACUGUGUGGCCGGUCUACCGGAUGGCCUAACGAACGGGAAGUACGUGGACGACGCGAAGUACAUCGACGUGCACUACAAUCCGGAUGCCGAUCCGAAGUACGGUAACUGUCACCAGCUGGACGACCCGUCGAUGAAGGGACAUUACGGUCCCCCGCAGCCUGCGCAACAAUCUCAAGCACCACCAACGCAGCAGCAGCAGCAAGGAGGACCCCAGCCACCACAGCAGGGCCAGUGUUCGUCCGGGGUCGGCGUGGAUGACGCCGACUCGCUAGGUAUGGUAAAGUCCGAGGAAACCGUCACCCACAGCUACGUACUUCCAUCUUUUUUGCCCUGA